CGUUGUCAUGACAACCAAUGUUGACAGUAAAAUGAUUACUGAUGUCUAACAUCCAACAUUUGACGUUUAUCACGCAGAUAAACAGCCCGCUUUGCUAAAAUGUGUCUGAAACUGUAGUCUGAUAUAUUUGUCAUCACAUUAAAACAAAUUCAAGUAGUAGAACAAUGGCAGACAUGCCGUCCAGCGAUGAAGUUGUUCCAGACACAGAGAGGGAAGACGGCGGUAAUGGCGGCGGCAAUGGCGGCAGGAGAGUCGCUGAGUUCGGCGAAGAGAGGCGAGAAGGCUUCGGUGUUCAGGAGUGGCCCGACGGGUCGAAGUACGAGGGCGAGUUUUUAGACGACUUCAAACAUGGGAAAGGGCGCUACAGCUGGAAAAACGGCGAGUUUUAUGAGGGGUUUUUCUACAAGGACUACAAACAUGGCAAUGGGGAGUACUGCUGGCCCUCUGGCCACAAGUUCACUGGCAAGUUCUACCUAAACAGAAAGGAAGGAUAUGGGCGUUUAAACUACCCAGGUGGAGCCAUCUUUCAGGGUUUGUACCACAGUGACCACAGGUUUGGUCCCGGUGUUCUCACUUAUCCAGAUGGGAACCAGGAUGUGGGCCUGUGGAUCGGGCAGCGCCUGCUAAAACUGUGCUCCUCUUUAGAAGAAGGCUUUAGUCUGCUCAAUUUUCCAGAUUAUGCUGCAUUCAUGCAGUCCUUUGAUCGUCCGCAUUUUUUCAUUGAGUCAGUCGUAGACGAAGAUCUGUCAGACGAAAUCUUCAUCUAUCCACCCGGCAUGGAGAGGUACUCUACAGAUGGCGACCACUUGCCGCUUCCUCCUGGAAGGAAAAGAGAGUUGGAUCAAGUUUUUCACGGAGAAAAAUGGGAGCCAGAAGCUAAUCCAUACCAGGGGUACAAAAGGGAUCCGUUCACUGAGUUCCCUGUACACAUCCGCCUGAAGGCUAACAUACACGAACACAGGCUGCAGACUGAAACUGUUGGCUGGAACGUCCAAGGCCUCCUCUCUCUGAAGGGGGACGGCUUUGGGCCCAAAGGGCCUCUGGAGGUCAGUUCGGAGCUGCUGAUUCAGCACAGCUUCAGAGGAGAGCUGCACGCCGUGUCACAGAUCCUCCAAGACGGCACCAUCUACCCGGAUGUAGCCGACGCACGGGGACAAACCGCGCUCAUCGCUGCAACCGUAAACUCCCAUAAUGACGUGAUCCAUCUGUUGCUGGAUAGCGGUGCUGAUAUUGAUAAGAUGAACGACGAAGGAAUGAACGCUCUGGCUGUGUGCUACGUCCUCUACUAUCCCUUUGAAUCUCUGAAGUCCACUCUGAUCGAGCCGCCGGCCGACACGCCAAUUUCGAUGUCCCUGCCUGAGGACACCAGUUCUCCGGUCAACCAGGACGACGUCCCAUCACAGUCGACGGACCUGAACAUCGAAUCACAGAUUACUGACAUGAACCAGAACCAGAAUCAGAAUAUGACGGACCAAAGCAGUUUAAGCCAGCUCACUGAGCAGGCAUCUGAAGAGCCACCUGCACUCGUCUCACAUGACCAAAAUGGCGAAAUCCCUGCAGACUCUGAGCAACUUCAGGAGGAGGAGAGUAAAGCGACGAGAACGGAUGAAAGCUACGAUGCCACAGACAAAUCUGGAGAUGAGCAGAGUGUCAGAGAGGAUGUGGACAGUGAUUUAGGGAAGCUAAAGGAUGAGCUCAACAGAGAUGUGGAGGAUUUAACCGAGAGUGAAAACAGAGGAAUUGCCGUUGAAGAGUUGGGUGAACACAUUUCUCUGGGGAGUGGGCAGGAUGUCCCAGAGCAGCAGGGCGAAGACCACGAUCUGACCCGGAAUCAGAUCCUUGACUCCACCUGUUCCAUCUGCAGCAGCGACAUCGCUCAAUCAGAAGAGACGCUGCAGCGAUCGUCUGAGCUGCUGACUUUGGCCACGCGACCCCCGCAGUGUGACUCACAGGAAAUUAUAUGCAAAAUGACUGUCGAGGAAAUCGAGCCCCGUGUUCGUUUAACAACCCUGAUGCUGUUACUGGACCGCGGAGCCAACCCCAACUGCUGCAGGGUCCCUCUGCCCGUCCUGUUCCUGGCCAUCAUGGCGGGCGACGCCGAGGUCGUCCAUAAAUUGCUCAUGUGUGGAGCUCGUACUGACAUCCGCCUUCCAUUGCAGUUGAAAGGGUUUUAUCCCCUCCAUGUUGCUGCAGCGUUGCACGGUCCUGAAUGUGCACAAAUUACCGAAAUGCUUUUGCACGCUAUCACCGAACCUGACUGUCGGGCAUGUGACCAGGAAGAGAUCUACCAACCGGAUAUGGCCUUCCUGGGGGAUAAAGAUUGGGACGAGGUGAUUGAGGAACUGCAUCUGACAGAUGGGGGCCGAACUCCCCUGCACAUAGCCUGCCAGAGAAAUGAGGACUACGAGAAUGCCUGUAAAGUGGUGGAGCUCCUGCUUUCCCACGGAGCCAGGACCGACCUCCUCUGGAGCGGACACUCUCCCCUCUCCUUGGCCAUAGCGAGCGGCAAUGACGCGGCAGUGGAGGAGAUCUUAAAGGCAGGCGCAGAUCCUAACUUACCUCUGGGCCCGAGGGUGGGCAGUGCUCUCUGCGCCCUCGCCAACUUCAACUACCGCUCAGGUGGCGACAGAAUCAAAGUGUUUGACUUGUUAGCCGAGGCUGGUGCUGAUAUCUUGAUGCAAGUUCCAGUGGGCGAAGUGGAGGGAACCGCUAUCGACUUUGCAUACUUCACCCUCCAGCUGGAUCCACGUUUUGCUCACACUCCGUUCCACGCCUUGAACAUGCAGGAAAGGGAUCUAAUAAAGAAAUGGCGCCAACUUCUGGCUCUAAUGGCGAAUCUGUUGAGGCAGAAUAUUGGUCUGAUGCAGAGGAAGGCUGUAGAUCUGGAGCAAUCCCCUCAGUUGUCUGGUCAAGAGGAUGAGACCCCAAGCAGGCGUUGGGCUCAUGGAAAAGCAUCACCCAAACCUCUCAAGCCACCGUUGCAUAAGUUCUGCUAUUUCUGCGGCCGCUCUGCGUUUGUGAAGCUGGCGCCUUGUGGCCGUUGCCAGAGGGUGAACUUCUGCUCCAAGUCCUGCAAAUCGAAAGCCUGGGACGAAGGUCACAAGGAGGAGUGUCUCACGACGGCAGCUUAUCUCGAUGCCCAUCAGAGGAGAUUUUCGAAUAAACCCCGCAAACCGAAAACCGUAACUAUAAUAAGAUACAAGCCAGAGCCGCCCAAACCGCUCAGCAAGGCGCAGCAGACCAUAGCGGACCAGAUCCACCUGAAGGAAAACUACAGCCUCAUUUGACGGGUUUUACAUGCCAACAAGCUUAAUGAACUUUAAGAACUUUUCAUGUCUUCUUUCUUCUCUGAUUUUCUUUCCCAUCAUUUUCAACAUGUCAAACCAAAGAAAUGCACUGUCUCAGGACUAAGCCAUUUUAUUAUUUAUUUUAUUUUUUAAGAUAUGUUGGUCUUGAUGUAGCUUUCUUUGACCUCUGUUAUACAUUUCUGUUAAUUGUUGGGAAUUUAGGGAAUUUCAUUAUUUCUGCAAAGGAGAGGGAGUAUAAGUCUUGCACUCACAUCUUUCCUGUUGUGAUAAUAAAACAUUUUUUAUGGUUUUAUACAAGAAA